UCGAUCGACUUCUCACGAUGGGCUGCUUCUCCAGCCGCGUCGAGGCCCCGACCGAGGAGCUGCCCGGCCCUCCCGCCGUCGAACGCGACGCCCCGACGCCCGCCGAAACCGCCGCGCCGCCGACACUCCCCUCCGCCACCGAUCUUGGCGUGAGCGAGGGGAAGCUGGAGGUGUGGCGCAAGCGCGGCGGUGGUGACCUCGAGCCGGUCCUCGCGAGCGGCGCCGUCGCCGUCCUCGACGCGCGGUGGGUCAUCCGCCACGCCGAGGCGGGCGGCGUCCUCACCCACCGUCAGGCUCUGCCCAAAGAGGCCUUCCUCUCCCUCACCGACCUCGUCGAGGCGACCACCAAGUAUGGCAGCCUUCCCGUCGGAGCGCUCUCCUACCCGUGGCUGACCAAGGACCACCCCGACCCGCGCGGAGCCAACCUCUCCCGCGUCGCGAGGGCGCUCAAGGCCCUGCUCACCGACAUCCCGCGGCUCGGCGUCUUUUGGGACUUCGGCUCGCUGCACCAGCACCCCGACCCCCCCAACGGCGUCCUGCGCACCGAGGAGCAGAACGCGCUCUUCAAGCAGGGGCUGGGCUGCCUCGGCACGCUCUACUCCCACCCGCAGACGUGGGUGCUGCGGCUGACCUCCUUCCCGGACGGCCACGCGGCGGAGGACCAGAUCGAGGGCACCAACGUGGCCGCGUACUUUGACCGCGGCUGGUGCGCCACCGAGAACGCCUGGGCCAGCCUCACCAAAUCCAGCGCCCUCUCGCUCGACCUCGGCAAGAUGCGCGGCGGCAAGGAGUACUACUGCCGCAGCCUCAUCGACGACUGCACCCAGGAGGGCGGCCGGCGCCCUCCGCUGCUGCCGUCUGCGUUCGCGGCGGAGCUGGAGAAGAAGAGCUUCACCAACGGCAAGGACGACAAGCCGCUCGUGAAGCGGCUGUACGAGGCCGCCUUCAAGGAGCAGUUUGGCAAGGCGACCGCGCUGUUCUACGACAGCCUCGGCUGGGGCGACGCGGAGGCGGCGCAGCUGGCGGAGGUCCUCGCGAGCGGGGCAGCGCCGCGGCUCGAGACGCUCUAUCUCAGCGGCAACAAGGUUGGCGACGAGGGCUGCAAGGCGCUUGCCGCCGCCCUCGGCAAGGAGGGGGCAGCACCGCGGCUCGAGAAGCUCUAUCUCAACGAAAACAAGAUCGGCGACGAGGGCUGCAAGGCGUUGGCCGCCGCCCUCGGCAAGGAGGGGUCAGCGCCGCGGCUCGAACAAGAUUGGCGACGAGGGCUGCAAGGCGCUGGCCGCCGCCCUCAAGGAGGGGGCCGCCCCGAGCUUGAAGGCGC